AAAUCGAAACUUAACAAUUUAAAAUGAAUUUAACUUAUUUUCACGAAAACGAAUGUUUUUUGAUCUUUAACUACGAUAUUUUAGUACUUUUAAGAGAUUAUUACAUUCCUUUUUUAAUAAUAAUCGGUGUAAUCGGCAACUUAUUAUCAUGCGUUGUAUUUUUAUCGACUUCAUUAAAACUAAGAAGUUCAAGUUAUUAUUUAGCAGCUUUAGCUAUAGCGGAUUUAGUUUACCUAAUAUCUUUAUUCGUCGUCGUCUUUUUAAAUUCCUUUUUUAACACUGACGGUUGGUGCGAACUUUUCGUUUACGUUAGUCAAGUUUCCAGCUCAUUAAGUACUUGGUUAAUAGUCGCUUUUACCGUUGAAAGAUUCAUAGCCGUACAAUAUCCCUUGAAAAGACCACAAAUGUGUACGGUUUCCAGGGCUAAAUCGGUCGUUUUUGGCUUGACCACCGUUGCAAUGUUUAUCCAUGCUUACGUGUUUUGGACGUCCGGAGUCUUACAGCGAGAAAAUGGUUUAGAAUGCGAAAUCGUUCCGGAACUUUACAGCAUAAUGACCGUUCUUAAUUAUUUCGAUACCGUUUUUUCUUUUAUUAUGCCAUUCGUAUUAAUUGUUGUAAUGAACGUGAUGAUUGCAAGAAGUAUUUUUAAAUUUAGCAAGAGAAUAGCGAGCGGGAACUUUCAAGACAGUGGAGGUAGUGGUGGAAGAUUUGGUGAAUCGAUUUCUUCAACUACCAAACAAUCGGGUUCUCAAUGUACCUCUCAAAAAUCUGCAACCACUAAAUGUCCAAUGAGUAAUCCAAGAGAACAGGAACAACUCUCAUCAAUACAUUUUAAAUCAACCAAUUUAAUGUCUACGAAAAUCCAACAUGGUAUCUCAAAGAUGUUACUUUUAGUUUCAUCGGUUUUCAUCUGCUUUAAUCUCCCCAGCUACGUAAUAAGAGCUUACACAUUUUUCGUUAUAAGCGUUUUAAACAAAGAACCACCAAAAAUUAUAUGGUGCAUUCAACAUUUCUGCAUGAUAAUUUUCUACACAAAUUAUAGCAUAAAUUUUAUGUUGUAUUCAAUGUAUGGGAUAACGUUUCGACGAUGCUUAUGGCAAGUUAUUCGAAACGCUAUUACGAUCACUCAAAAUGCUUUUAAUUAGUUAUAAAAGAUGUACUUAAUGUAACCUUGAAUCCAAAAAUUUAUUUUAAUAAA